AUGGUUAAAACUCACCUCAUCAUGGUUCCAUGCCAUGGAAUAUGGGACUCCAAGGUCUACUCAUCUGCAAACCCCAAGCCGGCCAAAGCUGGAGAAGCAGUAAACGAAUGGCAUCUUGCGUCUUUUCAAAUUCCUACCAAGGACAAUAUCUCAUUUAUUGAACAUGCUAAGAUUGCAAUUGAUGAGUUCAAAAAGGACAAAGACAAUAGUGUGUUGGUUUUUUCAGGCGGCUUCACCAAAGCCGGGGUUGAGCAAAGCGAGUCGAGAUCCUACUUUGAGCUUUCCCGCGCUCUGGGCUUGUUGGAUACUGAAGACGAACAUGCUGGUGUGGAAUGUGAAGAAUAUGCUAGAGACUCAUAUGAAAAUGUUUUGUUUUCGCUGUUGAAGUUUAGAAAAACCACUGGGUCUUUUCCUACCAAAUACACCAUCGUUGGUUUCGAGUUCAAGAGACACAGAUUUAUAGAGCAGCAUCUGAAGGUGUUGCAGUUUACCAAUGUGAAUUACUUAACAUAUGGGCCUGUUUUUCCCGAUGAUUACGACUAUAGUGGAUAUUCCUCGGUGCAAGAGGCCCAAGACGCAUUUUUCAAAGAUCUGGAAGGUAGUGAAGACAGAUUUGCAGUUCAGCCAUUUAACGAGUUCAGAUUCGGUCAGGGUGGCUCAGUGCUGAAAAAACGGCUUUCUAGAGAUCCUUAUUCUCGUGGCCUGGAGGAUUAUUUCACUGGGGUUACUGCAGGGGACGGUAUUCUGAAGACGCUGUUGCACAUUGGAGAGUCCCCAGACAGUGAACGUGUGUAUGAAUCAGAAGUAGAGAAUAAGUUUCCUUGGAUUCAAUAG